CAGCCAUGAAGUUUUCCCCUUAUUUUCAAAAUGACUUCCAUUCAGAGUUUCCCUUGUCCAAAGAAGCGCGAAUUGUUGACUUGGUGGUCAGCACCUCCUUGGGGUCUCGUGACAUGGCUUAACUGCCUCCCAUUGGGUCGGGUUAAAUAUGGCGUUUGUAUCGGGUGUUGAUAGUUCGUGCUUUUGGUGCAACAGCAAACGAUUCCAACAUGCAUUACCUCACUGACACAGAGAUCAUGUCAAGCAUAUCCUGGACUUGAACCAUGGUCCACUAGACAUAACUAUUGUAUCGUACUUAAUAUUUGACAGAGAUCAUAGAAUUUUUGGAAAAGCUGUUUAGGACAGGAGUUAUUGCACGAUCAACGAGAAGAGACUGUCCAAUGGAGACUGGAGGCAAUUCCCUUACUUCUGGAUCAGAUGGGACUAAGAGGAAAGUUUCAUACUUUUAUGACCCAGAUGUGGGAAACUAUUAUUAUGGACAAGGGCAUGCUAUGAAGCCUCAUCGCAUACGAUUGACACAUACUCUUCUUGUUGAAUAUGGGUUGCACAAGGAAAUGGAAGUUGUUAAGCCCUAUCCUGCAAGAGAUAGAGAUCUCUGCCAGUUCCAUGCGGAUGACUAUGUAGCAUUUUUGAGAGGAAUAACUCCAGAGACAAUGCAGGACCAAGCCAAAGCAUUGGAACGGUUUAAUGUUGGAGAUGACUGUCCAGUUUUUAAUGGGUUGUAUCAAUACUGCCAAACAUAUGCUGGUGGCUCUAUUGGGUGUGCUGUCAAACUUAAUUACAAACAUUGUGACAUUGCAAUUAAUUGGGCCGGAGGUCUUCAUCAUGCAAAAAAGUGUGAGGCAUCUGGAUUUUGCUAUGUAAAUGACAUUGUUCUGUCCAUUCUGGAGCUACUGAAAUAUCACAAGCGUGUUUUGUAUGUUGAUAUUGACAUUCACCAUGGUGAUGGAGUUGAGGAGGCUUUUUACACAACUGAUAGGGUCAUGACUGUCUCUUUUCACAAAUAUGGAGACUAUUUCCCUGGUUCAGGUGAUCUCCGAGACAUUGGAUAUGGGAAAGGAAAAUAUUAUGCCGUAAAUGUCCCCUUGAAUGAUGGAAUUGAUGAUGAAAGUUUUCAGUCUCUAUUUAAACCCAUUGUUAAACAAGUGAUGACUGCCUAUGAUCCUGAGGCAGUUGUACUUCAGUGUGGAGCUGAUUCCUUGGCUGGAGACAGACUAGGCCGUUUUAAUCUUUCUGUAAAAGGGCAUGCAGAGUGUGUACGAUACAUGAGGUCAUUCAAUGUGCCACUUUUGCUCUUGGGUGGUGGUGGAUACACAAUUCGUAAUGUUGCUCGAUGCUGGUGCUAUGAGUUUUUUCUCCCAAAUGUCCAGACAGGAGUUGCAGUUGGUAAAGAGAUUGAUGAGAAAUUGCCCCAGCAUAAAUAUUAUGAGUAUUUUGGGCCAGAUUUUAGUAUUAAUGUGGCUCCAAGUAAUAUGGAAAACAAAAACUCAAAACAGAUGUUGGAUAAAAUUAGGUCCAAAGUUCUUGAGAAUAUUAAUAAAAUGCCAUGUGCACCAAGUGUCCAAUUUCAAGAGCGCCCUCCAGAUACUGAUUUCCCUGAGCUGGAAGAAGAAGAUUAUGAUGCAAGUAGUAGAAGUCGUAAAUGGGAUGGAGCAAGUUAUGAUUCCAAUUCAGAGAAUGGUCAACCAAAGCUUCAGAAUCAUCCUGUGGAGUAAGGUGCUUUCAUUUGGUAUGUGUGAAGGGUUC